AUGAACAACAUCAUCAACAACAACAACAAAAGAAAUCACAACAACAAAGACAACUUCAAACAUUACGUUAUUAACAGUGUCAGGACCAAAAACAUCAACAACAACAACAACAACAUUGUUAACAAUGGCUUUAAAAAUGUCAUCAAAAACAACAGAAACAGCAACAACAAUAAUGACAUCAUCACCAACAACAACAACAACAUCCCAAACAAAGACAUAACGUCAAAUGAUUCCACUGCUUACAAUGAUGAUGAAGAGAAUAAACCUAACAUUCAAACCAAUAAUAUAAACAUUGAUAAACAUUCAGACACAGGCAACAACAACAUCAACAACAACAACAUCAUCAACAACAACAACAACAUAGGCAACAAUAAUCCAAAUAACAUCAACACAAAUAACAUCAACGUAAAUCACAACAUUAACCCCGUCAAAAAAUACAACCACCAUAAUGACGAAGAUAAAAUAAAACCUUCUUUCUUCAGAAAAGUCCAUAAAAACGAAAUAAAACAUUUCGAGACUGAAUACAAGCACAACAGCGCUAACAACAAAAACAAUUACCUAAACGGUAAUAAAAACAUCAACAACAACUACUACAACUACAUUGACGACGUUAAUAAUAACAUCAACAUCAACAACAACAACAUCAACUCCUUUAAUGACAUCGAUAAAAACAUUAACAACAGUAUUAACCAUUUCAAUAAAAUCAACAACGUAGAGAAUAACGCCAUUUACAACUACCUUAGUAAUAAAAACAACAACAAUAACAACGACAACAUAAACAACGACAUUAACUACUUCAACGACAUCAGCCUGAACAACUAUAACAUCAACACCACCAACAACAACAUUAGCAUUGUGGCUGUAAAAAAGUGCAUUGAUAAAUACACAAACAAAGACAUUAACAACAACAACAUCAACGUCAACAACAACGUCAACAUCAACAACAACAUCAAAGGCAUCAACAAACACGACAUGUUAUGCAUCAGAGAAUUGGUAAAAAUGUUGGACAACAUAUCGACGGAUAUAGCGGCUCUCUUCAAACAUGUCAACAUUCACCGACAAAUCGACUUCCACAACGAAACUCUCAACCGGUUGACGGUAACCGAUCCAUCUUUAUUAAUUUUUUUUAUAUAA